CACCGUUUCCACGGCAACGCGGUCAGAAGUUCCAAACAGAGUCAGGUUCUCCGUUUUCACUCAGGCUCGGCUCCUAAACAUGUAUUCAGAAAAUGUCUCAGAUCUUCCGUCCACACCAUCUGGUGGGAAACCAGGAUAUCAAGGAUCAAAUGGCCAGAUCUCCCAGAUCCCAGGCCUGUCCCCAGCCAUCAGCAGUCUCCCUGACGAGCAGGCCAGAGGCCGGAGGGCAGGAGUCCUGGACAGUGAUUCUGACUAUAUCAAGCUUGCAAAACAAGGAGGGCAUAAAGGACUUUUGUGGCACGAGGAAACAGACACUUCUAAACCUGAACCAUACAAACCUCCAGGUUGGUUCUGCUCUGAAUAUGAAGACAACGGCAAUCCAAGUCUAAUUAACAGUGAAGAGAAGAGGAACCCUGGAGCUUUUCAAGCAGCAGAGCCCCCCUUUGGGACUGACAACAUGUCAGCCUGGGAGAGGAAUGACAGCAGCAGCAAUGGCAAAGAGAAGAACAACAACGUUCAUUACAGCCAAAUGGAGAAACUGCAGUCAUCCAAUCAAUAUCAUGGGAACAGCAAAUUCAAGAGGAUAGUAUUUGACAAGAAUCCAGCUCCUGUCGACAUGUCUAAGCUGUUGAGCUUUGGUUAUGCUGACGACAACAAACCAACAGACAACAUUCAUUUUUCAAGUAAGUAACACGUUUUUCUGACCGUUUGAGUUACAUUCUUCCAGGUCACCGUUAAUCAUUUCCUCUCUUGUUUUUUCAUCAUGCUAUCAAAAUUCACCUCACGAUAAUAAAAGGAAAUGAAGCCAAAGGUGUGAACUUCAGCCAUGAAUUAAUUAUGAUUAUUGAUCAUUAAUUAAUUAUGAGGCUUCUUGACAGUAUAAUGUCGAGAGUAGUAGUGAAUUACAAUUAGGUGAAUGACUUGUGCUUGUAUUCAUUUCCAUGUGAACAGACUAGAAGCCUGCCAGUGCCGUGGGAAAAGGAUGAACGAUCUCAAACGCUUCCAACAGGAAUAGUUGCCAUCGCUCGUCCAUUUAUUCGUUUGUUAACCCUUUCAUGCUGAGCCACAUCAAAUAAUUAACUUGGUUUCAAUUGUUCUGUCAUGUCAGAUGUAUUACUCAAGUGUGAAAGUGCUUCAUUGAAUUAAAGCUAUCGAAUAAGUUAUUUAUUGUGCGUUUUGGUUGUGCCUCAUUCACUGCAUUCCUUAAGCAAAGAAGGCACCAGUUACUCUUUUGUGUUUUGCUGUAUAUGUAACUCUCUAAAGGGCAGCUUUAAGGAGUAAAAGUUUGAUUAUUCAAAUAAAAUCAGUGUGA